GUGGAUUGGGUCUUGUUUAGGUAAGAGAAAGACUUCAGUGGCAGACAAACGAGGAGUAAUAAGAUAGCUAGGGGGCCCGUGCCCAGCCCACCCACGCACAAUCUCACUUAGUCCUCGCAAUAUCCCCAAGGUAGGUGCUAGGAUCACACCCUUUACGGACGCGGCACCUGGGACAGGGAUGCGCGAGGAGUCAGGGGGCCUCGCUGGAUCGAACCUAAGCUGGGAAAGAGUAUUUCUUGUAUUUUUAGCAGAAAUUCUCAGCCUCGGGGAAGAGUAUUUCUUGAUGAGGGAAGAGCGCGGGGAAGACACUCACGCACGCACAAACAUGUGGGCGGCCACGGUGUGCCCAGCGCCGUGCUGGCUUCUGGGAACCCCCAGUGGACAAGACAGACAAGGUACCGGCUCUCAUGGGAAGUGGGAGCCAGUCAGAAGCGCACCUAAUUUCGGAGAGUGACAAGCACUCUGAAAAAGAAAGAAGGUAGGGCUGGUGACUGGCCAAUUUAAGCGGGCUGGAGUCUGUUGGGGGACGGAGACCAGCCUCAGGUCUAGGUCCGUCUUGGGUUGGGGACAGAAGCUGUGCCUAAGUGUGGUGCAGGAUGCAGCUGCAAAGGAGCGCUUCCGAUCGCACUUGAUGCUCGCCACGUCCCUGCAAAGUGCUCCCGCCCCCAUUCUGUAAACGAGGAAACUGGACGCGCGGCUCGCCGGGCCAGCCCGCGUGCCUGCGCAGUCCCCUCCCCGAGAACCAUCCCCUUGCCCCGCCCAGCGUCUGGGGCGCGCGGCCGCCGAGAGACCCCGGAGGCGUAGCCGGCUGCGGAAGAGAAGAGGUGGGAGCGCGAGCUGAGACCAGCGUCUUAGAGGCGCCGCAGAAUUCACAGAUGGAUUCAGUGGAAAAGACAACAAAUAGAAGUGAACAAAAAUCCAGAAAGUUUUUAAAAAGCCUCAUCCGGAAACAGCCCCAGGAACUGCUGCUGGUUAUUGGGACCGGCGUCAGCGCAGCAGUGGCCCCGGGAAUCCCUGCCCUUUGCUCGUGGAGAAGCUGCAUCGAGGCCGUCAUCGAGGCUGCAGAGCAGCUGGAGGUACUGCACCCCGGAGACGUCGCCGAGUUCCGGAGGAAAGUGACGAAGGACCGGGACCUGUUGGUUGUUGCCCAUGAUCUGAUCCGGAAGAUGUCACCUCGCACAGGCGACACCAAGCCCAGCUUCUUCCAGGACUGCCUGAUGGAGGUGUUUGACAACCUGGAGCAGCACAUCCAGAGCCCUCUGGUGCUGCAGUCGAUCCUCAGCCUGAUGGACAGGGGCACCAUGGUCCUGACCACCAACUACGACAACCUGCUGGAGAUCUUCGGCCAGCAGCAGAACAAGCCCAUGGAGUCUCUGGACUUGAAGGACAAGACCAAGGUCCUUGAGUGGGCAAGAGGGCACAUCAAGUACGGCGUCCUCCACAUUCACGGCCUCUACACGGACCCCUGCGGGAUGGUGCUGGACCCAUCGGGGUAUAAAGAUGUCACUCAAGACGCAGAAGUCAUGGAAGUCCUCCAGAACUUAUACCGCACCAAGUCAUUUCUGUUUGUGGGCUGUGGAGAGACCCUUCGUGAUCAGAUAUUCCAGGCCCUGUUUCUUUACUCCGUGCCGAAUAAAGUGGAUUUGGAGCACUACAUGCUUGUGCUGAAGGAGAAUGAAGACCAUUUCUUUAAGCAUCAGGCAGAUAUGCUUCUGCACGGAAUCAAAGUUGUAUCCUACGGGGGCUGUUUUGACCAUUUUCCAGGAUAUGUGCAAGACCUUGCCACUCAGAUCUGCAAACAGCAAAGCCCAGAUGCUGAUCGAGUGGACAGCACCACAUUAUUGGGUAAUGCGUGCCAGGACUGUGCAAAGAGGAAGUUAGAAGAGAAUGGAAUUGAAGUUUCAAAAAAACACAGACAAUCAGAUACUGAUGAUGCUGGAGGGUCUUGAAAUCUUUAAAACCAGUAAAACCUGCACCUUGAAAACUAGCCUUCUGUAACCACAGUGCCCAAACGAAGAGGAACGUGUGGAGAACUCCACGUGAUCUCUGAUUGCGAAACCGCCACAUACACCAAGAGAGCCACAUGGGCAUGCGGCCCUCAAGGCUGGGUGAGAGGGCUCCCCUGUGUGUUGAACUGUGCAGGAGGUGACGCAGACGCACUUCAGGUGGACUUUGCAAGGACUGAUGGAUAGCUACCUCAGGGGCCAGAAUCCGUGGGAAGGGGUGGACCUGGUGUUCCCGUUCCCAUCUGACAGGCUCUCUUUUGUCAAGGUGGUAUUUUUCGUAAUAAAAGGGGAAGAGUAAAGACUGUCCAAGCAACAGUAGUUGCCAAAGAGAAAAUACGAAAUAGACACUUUUUUUUUUUUUUUUUCUUGAGUCAGAGUCUCACUCUGUCACCCAGGACAGAGUGCAGUGGCGCAAUCUCAGCUCACUGCAGCCUCCACCUCCUGGGCUCGAGUGAUUCUCCUGCCUCAGCCUCCCGGGUAGCUGGGAUUACAGGCGUCCACCACCAUGCCCAGCUAAUUUUUUAAUUUUUAGUAGAGUUGGAGUUUCACCACGUUGGCCAGGCUGCUCUCGAACUCUUGACCUCAGGUGAUCCGCCUGCCUUGGCCUCCCAAAGUGCUAGGAUUACAGGCAUGAGCCACUGUGCCCGGCAAAAUAAACACAUUUUAUAAUUUGUAUGUGGAAACAUGUUACUAUACAAAGCAUUUUAAAGGUAUGUUUUAAAGGUAUGUUUGUUCCACUGUUAAAUAGUAAAGAAUGAAUCCGCUAGUGAAAAUGUUUUUAGGGAGAACAGCUGGAUCAAAAGGGCUUCUUUGGAAUUAGGUUGUUUUAGUAACUUCUGUUUCAAAGAAACACAGGUCUGAUAUUGCUAAGAACUGAAAUCGGAGGAGGCAGAGGCCCUUUUCAGAAGUUCAGGCCAGCGUUGUGCAGGGCCACUGUGGGACUGACAACCGAGAUAGCACAAGUUCGAAAGACCAGGUUUCAAGCAUUACAAAUUCCAGGCUUUGCAAGUCUUUAUUCUCUGGGGUAAGAUCCAGUCUUUCUGUUAUUGUCUCUUAAGAUUCUCUUCCAUGGCCCACAUUAAGGGAGUUUGCAGAGAGUGAGGGAGGCAAAACUUGAAAAGGGCCUGCAACACUUUAAACCUUCUCAGGUUCACCCACAUGAAAUGGCUGUGCUGAGUGCGCUGCUGGUGCCGGGGAGCUUCUCUGACUGUGACCCUGCAGAGGCUUCCGUGGCGGUGCAUGAGCGGCCCUACAGUGGAGGGUUGUCUUUGGAAACAAACAGCCCUGCUUGGUUUCAGUUUGAGGCCACUUACCUUCCAUGUGACAUUUCUUGCCACGCCCUGUAACACUCCCCAUUGAUGACUCCCAUAGGUACUGAGAAAGUUAAGAACAGGAAACAGAAGGGUAGAAUGCAUAGAGAGGGAGAGAAGCCCUGAAAACAUUUUUUUUUUCUUUUUGAAGCAUGGAAAACAAAUCUUUUAUGCCGCUCCAGCCAUAAAUAAAAUUUUAACUUCAA